AUGGUGUUUGGCGACAAUUAUCAUACUUCAAUGCUCGGACAUCAUUCCAAGGUAGGGGUAAUUAGUAUAUAUGUAUGUAUGAACGAAUGCCUUUUAGAAAGAAAGUUAAAGAGCGAUAUUGCAGAACCUCAGAUUUGGGUCGACUCAGAAACUCGACGUAAGGUCGUUCUUUGA